AUGGAAGAGGCUGCUGAAGCUGUUCGCAGAAGUAUUUACGUUGAUGAUUACCUCGACUCCACCAGAGAUCCGGCGGAUGCUGCGAAGAAGGCGAUGACGGUGAGAGAUGUGCUGGCCAACAGAGACUUUCAUCUUGGCCACUGGGCCUCCAACGAUUCGAAGUUACUAGAGAUGGUGCAGCCUCAAGCCGGAUCGAGCGAUGGAAGUAAGAACCUGGCGCAUCACCUCGGAGCAGACGACCCUGAGAUGGUGCUGGGCAUCAUUUGGAGGCCUUCAAGUGAUCGGCUGAGCUUUCGCGUCAAGAUAACGGACAUCAUUUACACCAGAGUAGGACUACUAUCCAAAGUAGCCGGCCUAUUCGACCCUCUAGGCACAGCAGUGAUUGAAUUUCCUCGCUGUCUAUUCCCGGAAGAAGACGACAUUGUUCGGAUGGAGCUGCAUACGUUUACGGAUGCGUCGGAGGAGGCUUGUGCUGCCUCAUGCUACACCCGGAUUGUUUAUUCAGAUGGUCGAAUCUUGAUUAGACAUGUGAAGUCAGCUACUAGACUGGCUCCGUUGAAAACCGUUUCCGUCUGCAAGUUGGAGCUGAAUGCGGCACUGAUGGGAUCCCGUUUAGCCAACUUCGUGCAAACUGCACUGAGGAGGUGUGAUGCUCGCUACUUCUGGACAGACAGCAGCACAAUGCGGAAUUGGGUCCGUGCUGUGUCUGCCCGUUAUCAGGUGUACGUCAGCCACCGGAUUGGAGAAAUACAGACGUUGACGGAACCUCAUGAGUGGCGUUUUGUUCCUGGAAAGCUGAAUCUGGCGGAUGCGGCUACAAGAUCUCAACUUGAAGAAACGAUUAUUCCAGAUUGGUGGCUGGACGGCCCACCUUUUCUAUAUGAAGAAGAGACUAACUGGCCACAGGAUUUGCCCUGGAUGGCCGCCAAAGAGGAGCUCCGCUCCACUCAUGUUCAUUUCAACCUUGGAGCGAAGAAAGCGGAGGAUUCCUUCGACUGGGGAGCCCUCACGUUUUCAUCCCAUGAUUUGGCUGCUGUCAUCCGAUUGGAGGGUGAAUACUUGGAUUUAUUGAAGACAUGCCAACGAGAGAUGUAUUCAGAGGAAAUGGAGAGAUUGACCAGAAAGAAGGCCAUCCGGCCUACUUCCAGUUUGAUAUCGCUGACUUCAUUUCUGGAUCAUGAGCGUCAGUCCUGCGCCUUGGUGGGCGAUGGAGUCGAGCCAAGCUGCCAUACGAUGUCCUUCACCCUCCGAUAUUACCUGGAAAGCAUCCGCUUGCGCGUCGGAUCAUACAAGCAUUCCAUGAAUCCAUGCAUCAUAUGGGGACUGACUUUGUGCUGGCACAAGUACGCCAGCAUUUUUGGAUUAUUUCUGGACGAGAGGCGGUGA